AAAAAGAAAAAUGUGAUCAAGAAUGAGUUGGGUUGGAAGCAGGGACUGCUCUGGAUUAAAUGGCCAAGGAAGGCCAUCCAACGUGUAAAUUGAGCCCUGAAGGAAGAGUAUUCCAGGCACAGUGCAAAACCCUGAAGCAAAAACCUCUUUGGAAUGUGUGAGGGAGAUCCAGGGGAGCAAGGGAAAGAAGCAGGAAUCCAAGUCCCAAAGUAUGAGAGAGGGCAAGAAGUAGAUCUUGCAGAGAUGCUAGUAAGCCUUGACAGACCUAGCAUUUGGUGGGCCGGAAGUAGCUGCAGAGCCUCUCUCAUGCCAGGGAGUAAUUGUACACUUUUUUUUUUUUUUUGAAACAGAGGGUCGUUUUGUCCUCCAGGCUGAAGUACAGUGAUGCAAUCUCGCCUCACUGCAACCUCUGCCUCCCAGGCUCAAGCGAUUCUCCUACCUCAGCCUCCCGAGUAGCUGGGGCUACAGGUGUGUGCCACCACACCUGGCUAAUUUUUGUAUUUUUAAUAGAGACAGAGUUUCACCAUGUUGCCCAGGCUGGUCUGGAACUCCUGACCUCAAGUGAUCCGCCUGCCUCAGUCUCCCAAAGUGCUGGGAUUCCAGGCGUGAGCCACCGCGCCUGGCCUGACAUACGCUUUUUAAAAAGAGGUUCCGGGCUGUUCACGAGGACCAAGCGUAGAAAUAAGUCUAGAGAAAAGGCUACCACAGUUAUCCAUUGACAGGUGAUGACAUUCUGGAUGGAGAGAAGUCGUGCGCCCUGGUAGUAAGUAUUUCGGGAGCCAACUAGAGGAGCCGGAACGCGAAAAAUAGCGGAAUCAGGAAGCCAUAAGGAGGAGGAGCAGCGGGUGGGUCAACAUGCCGCCGCCGCCGCAGGAAGAGCUGGUGGGGUCGGGGUUACCCCCAUCCCUGUGCAGGCUGAUUUGGCGUCCUAGGGAAGAGUCCAGGCCACAAGAAUCGGGAGAGACUUGUGGGUCACAGCCCGAGAAAGCUCUGGGAAUCCACGUACUGUAGCGAUUGGCAGCGGCUUAGGCGAAGCGGACGGUAGACCCGCCCGGAUUUAGGCGAGAGCUACCUCCAGGGGCGGGCCCAGGCCGCAAUGCGCAGGCGCGAAGAACCCGUUUCCAUGGCUGCGAGAACCCACGCUCCCCAACCGCCCAGUAACUGUCCGGUCCCAGACUUUGGCACCGUCGGGCAUUGUCCCCGUGUGUUAGCAUCCCCACCCCGACUGCUGCCAAGCGUCUGCCGGACCCCGGCCUCGACAUGGGAGACCUGGAGCUGCUGCUACCCGGGGAAGCUGACGUGCUGGUGCGGGGUCUGCGCAGCUUCCCGCUACGCGAGAUGGGCUCCGAAGGGUGGAACCAGCAGCACGAGAAUGUGGAGAAGCUGAACAUGCAAGCCAUACUCAAUGCCACAGUCAGCCAGGACGAGCCCAUUCAGGAGCUGCUGGUCACCCAUGGGAAGAUCCCAACGCUGGUGGAGGAGCUGAUCGCAGUGGAGAUGUGGAAGCAGAAGGUGUUCCCCGUGCUCUGCAGGGUGGAGGACUUCAAGCCUCAGAACACCUUCCCCAUCUACAUGGUGGUACGCCACGAGGCCUCCAUCAUCAACCUCUUGGAGACAGUGUUCUUCCACAAGGAGGUGUGUGAGUCAGCAGAAGACACUGUCUUGGACUUGGUAGACUAUUGCCACCGCAAACUGACUCUGCUGGUGGCCCGGAGUGGCUGUGGUGGCCCCCCUGAGGAGGAGGGGUCCCAGGACAACAACCCCAUGCAAGCACUGCAGAAGCAGGCAGAGUUGAUGGAAUUUGAGAUUGCUCUGAAGGCCCUCUCAGUACUGCGCUACAUCACAGACUGCGUGGACAGCCUCUCCCUCAGCACCUUGAGCCGCAUGCUCAGCACACACAACCUGCCCUGCCUCCUGGUGGAACUGCUGGAGCAUAGUCCCUGGAGCCGGUGGGAAGGAGGCAAACUGCAGCAGUUCGAUGGCAGCCGUUGGCGUAUUGUGGCCCCCUCAGAGCAGCAAAAGCUGAGCAAGUUGGAUGGCCAAGUGUGGAUCGCCCUGUACAACCUGCUGCUAAGCCCCGAGGCCCAGGCGCGCUACUGCCUCACAAGUUUUGCCAAGGGACACCUACUCAAGCUUCGGGCCUUCCUCACAGACACACUACUGGACCAGCUGCCCAACCUGGCCCACCUGCAGAGUUUCCUGGCCCACCUGGCCCUGGCUGAAACCCAGCCCCCUAAGAAGGACCUGGUGUUGGAACAGAUCCCAGAAAUUUGGGAGCGGCUAGAACGAGAAAACAGAGGCAAGUGGCAGGCAAUUGCCAAGCACCAGCUCCGGCACGUGUUCAGCCCCUCAGAGCAAGACCUGCGGCUGCAGGCACAAAGGUGGGCUGAGACCUACAGGCUGGAUGUGCUAGAGGCAGUAGCUCCAGAGCGGCCCCGCUGUGCCUACUGCAGUGCAGAGGCUUCCAAGCGCUGCUCGCGAUGCCAGAAUGAGUGGUAUUGCUGCAGGGAGUGCCAAGUCAAGCACUGGGAAAAGCAUAGAAAGACUUGUGUCCUGGCAGCCCAGGGUGACAGAGCCAAAUGAGGGCUGUCGUUGCUGAGAGCCGACUAACCCAUGCGAAGGGAAUCCACCCAGAACGCACCCCUGAAUCUGAAGAUCACGAGCCAGCCUCUGCCAGAACCCCAGUCUCCGUGGUGGAGAGCAAACCGGGUGGUAAAGCUGCUGACCCAUCCCCCUCCUCCUCUCCCCAAGGGAAAGCUCGAGACUUCCUGCCCCACCCUGUGGGCAGGCCAAGUGCGUUGCCUCAGCAAACCGGCCCGGGAGGGCGAGGGCGGGAUGUGGGGACCCUCUUCCUUUAGCACGGUAAAGCUGGCCUCCAGAAACA